AUGCCUGCAAUUCGUGGUGCAAACUCCAAGAAGAAGACCCGAAGAUCAACUCGAGGCCUGGAUCAAGUGCAUGCCGACGUUGCAUCGAAGAAGCAUCUACAGCAACACCUCGACACGCACGCUCCCGAGGAUCUGCCCGGCUUCGGCCAGCAUUACUGUGUCGAGUGUGCCAAAUUCUUCGAGUCACAGACGAACCUCGACAAGCACACCAAGGGCAAGCCUCACAAGAGGCGCUUAAGACAGCUAAAGGACGAGCCGUACAGUCAGAAGGAAGCCGAAGCUGCUGCUGGUCUGACUACCGACAAUGGCAGGAAGGUGGAGGAAAGUGAGAUGGUUGACGUGGGUGACGAGUACCACGCUGAGUUUCGCAAACCUCUGGCCAUAUUCGCAGCCGUCGGGGGCGAAUGA